AUGUAUAUACCCUCCUUCAGAAGCGCCACCGACGCCUUAUGGUAUUCUAAUCGCUUUCAUCUCAAAUCAUGGCUCAUGCAGUCAUCUUCUCUGCAAGCCUUUACUCAAGGCUCGUCAAUCUUGGUCUCGGAUGUCGAGUUCUUCGACAGUGGCAUAAGUUGGUUCCUUGAAUCAUCUCAAUCUCAUGCAGACGAAAGUACUCACACAUCACGGCAGCUCAGGGUGAGUGAGUUGAACUUGUUCCACGCAACAACGGCAAGCGGCUGGCAAGUAGCAGACGUAACGACGCAGUUGCUGGUUUCACCCGUGACGCAAUCGAAGGCGCCAGAACUAGGCUCUAUCUCGGACUAUGGCAACCUCGUGACCCGCAGCGAACUGGACAAGCCAGACGGCGAAGGUGUCCACCGUAGUUGGUGUACUAUCACCGCAGAGCAGGCCACCGGCGCUGGCGUAAGACAGGUAGCAGUCGACGUCGCUACUGGUGUUGUUGCCCACGUUGAUGCUGAUAAUAAAACAGAUGAUCAGCAAGCAUAUUGCAAAUUGGGAUGCCUCGCGCGCAUUGUUUCCUUACCAUGGGCUUUGACCAGAGCCACUGUACAUGGUAGCCUGCCAGGCUGCGGUUGGCUUAAUGAGAGCGAGAGCAGCCACAGCAUUGCGGCGGAUGUGACUCGUAGGAGUUUGGUCUUCCGCGUGUUCGAGGAUGGCUACUAUCUCAACGUCUGGUUGGAAAGCGAGUUCUUAAGUAGUUCAGCGUGGGUCUCGAAACGGCGCUACGCCUUGCAAGUUAGGACGUCCCUCACUUUCACUCUCUCACAUGCAGUUGAAGCUGAAGGGCCUCUUUCGCAUUAUGUCCUGGUCGCAUCGCACCUCCUGUCAAACGUCAUGCUAAUGUUCGCAGAUUCGUUGACAAGGUUGAUAUCCUUAGACCGUAUCUUCACCGAACGAAAUACUGCCGCGCAGCCGUAUGGAUUUUGGUGGAACUCGACCACUCGGUUUUGGUACGAGCAGAAUAAUACUUCAAUCUCUCGUCAUAUAGUUCCAAUGAUCCUCCGUCACCCGAACAUCGAGCGAUGGCCGGCUUGCUGCAAAUAUGCUCCGCUCAAUAAUUUUCCUAGAUUGGUACUAAGACAUCGAUCUCUAUACGAUGAGCUUGCAAAAGAUAUCGCUCCUAAGGAUCCGUACUGGCAGCAGGAGGAUGCGUGGAAUCGCGACCUGAGCGAGUCCGGAAAGACAGUCUAUGCUCGACAUACUCGCAUAGGGAAUUCGUCCAAAGCAGUCAGCGGAUCAAUACUGCUUCUCAGCCAGCAUUGGUAUCGUGCAAGCUCGACGAACUCAGGUAGCAUUAAUAUCGACCAGUUCCAUGAAGAGUCCUCAGAGCAGAAAGUUGGAGAGGAGAUAGCCGGAGAACUGAGAGCUGUUAUGCUCCGCUCGAUGAAAGCCAUCAAUUUUCAUCAAAUCAAUCCUGAUCUAGAUCCUUGGACGAGCUACAUGUAUGCGGAAGAAUUCCACUUGAACCUGCAGACAUGCUGA